ACUUGCGGUGGUUAGAGUAUGCUUCAUAACUUGGACUCCCACUUAACCCAAAAAUAAAGCGCGUCUUCUUUCUUCUGCCUGUUGUUAUUCCAAUUUCUGCGAAUUAACUCCAAAAGAUGGACUGCAGAAAAUUUGAGAUAACCCUUUUGUCAGCAAAUGACUUGGAACAUGUUCGAAAAUUUUUCAAGAUGAAAGUUUACUUGAGGGUUUCAAUAGGGAGAAGCAGCGAAGAAGCAGAGAGGAGAACUCCAGCAGACAAGCAUGGCGAGGUCAACCCUGCAUGGAAUUUCACUUUGAAGUACACAAUAAAUGAGUCCAUGGUACAACAUUUCAACACUAUGCUCGUCAUUAAACUGUACUGUAAACGUAAACUAGGGGAUAGGUACAUAGGAGAAGUUCAUACCUCCAUGAAAGAAUUGUUUGAUUAUGCAUAUCCUGUUGGGGGCAGUGCUGUUGUGAGUCAUCCUGUGCAAAAGGGUUCUGUGAAUUCACAAGGAGUUUUGAGGUUUUCUUAUAGGUUUGGGGAAAAGGUUUGGGGAAAAGGUAUGCCUCGACAAACUCCUGUUAGCUGAAAGUCUUGCUGAUUGGAGUUCAUGGAAUUUUGUUUAGUUGAAGCUUUUGUAAAUUUUGUCCCUUGAUCUAUCAUCUGUCUUUGUCGAUAGCAGAAUAGAACGAAUCUGCUAUCAUCCCUUUCCUCCUUUUCCAUCCAGCUUUGUGUUCUUAACUUAAGAAUAAGUACCAUUAAUGUCUAA